GCCAGGCAUGCGCAGUGCGCCCGCAUACCUGGAGCCUGGAUGGUGGGUGUCCCCCACACCCGUGCUGUCUGCUCCCCCACUCACCUGUGCAGUGUUCUCCACGCACCCACAGCAAGUUAGAGUCGGGCAACCUUCUAUCCCAGUGUGUGUGUGUACCACUUGCUCAGUAUGAACAAGCGUAAGAGGAGCAGGGCUGUAGCCUUUUGUGUAUCGUAGUGCUUCUGAAUAUUAGUGAACACCACUAGUAGCGUGAAUUUCUUUCAAGUUUAGUGAAGAUUCUUGUUAGUUGACAUCAUGAAGAUGGCGAGGCGAGGCGGCGCGGACCCAACACCUAUCUGCCGUUGCCGAGUGUUGUACCUGGGGUCGUCGGUUCCCCAGGUCACUAAGGACGGCCUGCAAGGCAUACAGGAACCCCUCAGGGAGUUAUACCCUGCAGAGGGCGCGGUCAGUGCACGAGGAAUAGACUCCUGGCUCUCGGUGUGGUCCAAUGGCCUACUACUCGAAAACGUAGAUGAAAACCAGAAAAAAGUGACACGUUUCUUUCCCAUUGAUUCUCUUCAUUACUGCGCUGCCGUCAGGUAUGUGGUGGUGGCAGGUGGAGAGGGCGCUGCAGUGCAGAGAUUCUUGCCGCUUGACUCCCCCUUCGCCAGGAACCCUAACAUCAAUCACCCACCGUUGUUCGCCUGCAUCAUGCGCCGCACUACCGGCAUCAAGGUUCUCGAGUGCCACGCCUUCAUAUGUAAACGUGAGACUCCAGCAAAUGCCUUAGUGCGUUGCUGCUUCCAUGCUUAUGCUGACUCCAUGUAUGCCCGCAGUCUUGAGGGCGGCGGCAAUAGUCAGUACGGUUCCGUGUACGGCGGCAGAGCCACUGAGGAACGCGUCCUUGAAAUAGAAGACUUCAGCAGCUCUGCUUCAGAAAUCAUUCCAACGUCUCUUGGUUCAUCACCGACCCAGGAUGCGCCGGCAUCGCCCACCUCCCAGGGCUCACCCGGGGACGAAAUAUCUAUAUACAACGGCGACGACAACCACAAAGUGUGGGCAGGACCCCACAAAACGGAGACGGAGCUCAUCUAUUCUGACUAUUCCUCGGGGACGAUGCGAUCAGCGAGGUCAUCAUCAUCCCUGUACGGAACUGCUAGCGGAACUCGGCCCUCUCGACCCCGUCAGAUGAUCAUGCCCUCCGUCGCCCCGCCUCCUCCUGAUACCGACAAAGAUAAAAAGGGGAAGAAAGAUGCCAAAAAUAAGGCUCGUCGCGAUGAGGACACGAUGAGUAGGCUGACCAAUGGAGGGCCUCCACGCCCGGGGAGCAUAAUCAACGGCGGUAUGAGGCAUCAUAACGGUAGUCUUCCCCGCCACAUGAACGGCCACUCCUCACCACCUAAGACGAAGGGAAAGUUCCGCAUACUCGGCAGCAGCAGCCUCUCCGACAGGAAGAGCAAGGGCCUGCGGGCACCCCCACCCUUCAUAAUGGUGCAGGGCCCCCCGGGCCCACCAGCCCAUCAUGGCCCACCUCCCCCUCACGGACAUCACGUAUCACAUGGACUCCCAGGGCCACAUGGUCCUCCAGGUCCACAUGGACCCCCAGGAUCUCAUGGCCCCCACAUGAAUGCACCCAUGGUGCCUGCAAUAGGACCCAUGCCUCCACCACAUAUGGUACCCCUCCAGGGGCCUCCUCCACAACACAUGCUUCCCCCACCUGGACCCCCGCACGUCAUGUUGGCCCCUCCUGGACCCAUGGGACCACACGUCCCUCCAGGUCCUCCACACCCGGGGGUUUAUGGCCCUCCAGGCCGUCGGCCUCCAUCAAGGGUCCUUGAGGAACCUAUCUACAUGCCUUCCACCCGUCCCCUGAGUCCCACAGCAUCCUACCAGCCGGGACACUUUCCCCACGAGCAGUACCUCAUGGAACAUUACGCCACUACCGGACGACCCAAACACAAGAAGAAAAAGAAGACCAGCAACAAGAAGGAGUCUGACGAAGACAUAUACGGCAGAAAGGGUCAUCUAAACGAGCGGGCUUUCUCGUACAGCAUCCGCGAGGAACAUCGAUCUCGCUCCUACGGAUCCCUGGCAGGGAUUGGCGAGGACUCGAUGAGCAAGAAGGACCGAGAGAUCCUGCAGCUAGUGGCCGAUCUGGACCUGAGUGGCGAUGAGCUGGAAAGGGUGGAGCCUCGGCCUGGUGUGUACCGACCUCCACACUCAGACCGACUUUCAGCCUCCGGCACCAUCACCUCCAGGCUCUCCCGGGCCUCUAGACGAUAAGCACACCCAGGUGGAGGGAGCGUCGGCCAGCCUACUACUACUACUACGGGACUCGGGGACCAUCUACGGAGAGUGCACAUGCGCUAUGGAACGGACAUGACACGUACGCUCAGGAACCACCAGCGUCCACAGAGCAUGUGCUCGGAACCAGCAACGCGCAGCGCACGUUUCGUCCCGCCAGUUAGGCAUUAGUGACUGUACAUACAUUAGUAUGCACUGGUGUAUAGACUUUAGUAUAUACACUGGUGUAUAGACUUUAGUAUAUGUAUUGCUGUAUAGACUUUAGUAUACUCACUGGUGUAUAGACUUCCGUAUACGCACUGGUGUGUAUAUGUAACGCACUCGAGUAUAGACUGAGUGUACACACUGGUGUAAAGACUGAGUGUACACAAUAGUGUACAUACCGAGAAUACACACUAGUGUAUACACCGAGGGUACACACUGGUGUAUAGACUAAGUGUAGUCGUAAUCUCAGAAUGCCAAGGUAUCAAAGCACGCUACGUGAAGCAGCGGUCAAGAUAUUCCUCGCUUUUUUUAAAUAUUCGCCAGGAACGAAGUCCUGAUACGGGUGUUUGCCGGAUGGUGACCCGUCGCUAUUUCUUGCUGAAAUAUCAGUGUUUGAAUUAAAAUAGCACUAACGCUGAGCGAUGCAAAGUGACUAAUUGCUUGGACGUAAUAUGAAAGACGGGUCAGAAAUUUCUGUUUCGGCGUCAAUCGGAGGCCCUCUUCAUCUGAUGGUCUCCGACUGAAACCAAGAUAUACCGACAAGACCAGAGGGUCUCUGGCUCAUUUGACUGAGUCAUCACAUCCCACUGAGUGGGCCAUCACAUCCCAUUGAGUGGGUCAUCACGUCCCACUGAGUGGGUCUCAUCACGUUCCAUUGAGUGGGUCAUCACGCCCCAAUGAGUGGGCCAUCACGUCCCAUUGAGUCACCAUCAUGUGCUACGUCACCUGAUAUUCUCUUAUGAAUAAGUAAAUAGAAACAUGGGUGGUGCAUGAAGCAGAUCCUGGCCGCUGCAGGUACCAGCAGCAGCAGCAAUAACAACAGCAGCAGCAGCGUACCUGGAUGAAGGAAGCACGCUGAGGGAGGAUGGUGCAACCUGGUACUAGGGCCACCCCGCCCAAUCUCGCCAUCCACUAAACCCCCAACCACGCCCACUACCUUGCAAACCACACUGUCACCCCCACACCUACUAGCACAGCCUGUCACCACCACACCUACUAGCACAGCCUGUCACCACCACAACAACAACAAUACGCAACCACCACCACCUCACCAACAACCACCACCACCACCCCCCAUAACUGUCUGGCUGACCCGGAACCCGACAUGUCCCUUCGCUCUCAUUUUCACCGUAAUGUGGGUCACAGUCUAAGGAACGUUGCUUUAGUUAUUGUUAGAUUUUAAAGUACUUUCCGCUGCAGUGAGUGGUGUUGUUGUCGCUCUUGCAGGGUGCUACCAUCAGUGCGAGUUUAGCGCUUUCCCUGACUACAAUAAUACACUAAUGUACUUAUCUGUACUUCUAUGUGCUCACUUGUAUGUAUUCACCUACUUCCGUUUGUGGAGGAUCAAGGCAUAGCUCCAGGCCCUGCCUCCUCAAGGGGAUAUGCAUUGAUGUCAAUGAAGGGUUCUUGAGUCAAGGAGUUAAAUCCAUCCUCCCUUUCCUGGGCCCAAACCUGAUUACUUUCAGUUACCCAGGAGCUGUAGGACACUUGGGUUUAACACUUCCACAUAAAUAUUAUAAUCUACUGGAGUCUGGCCUACAGUGCUUUCAUAAUUACUUUUGAAACUAUGCAUGGAAGAUGCCUCUAUCUCGUCAAGGUCAUUCAACCAGCCUGAGACCGAGGAAAUACUCUCUGACGUCUCCCCGGGUAACCCAUCAUCAUCCUCUUAGAGACAGACAUGUUUAUCUCAUCAGAAUACAUUGAGCUUACAUUGGGUGGCUUUACAAUUUGCAUGGAUGGGUAAUGGGGUUUAUUGCAACACAAUUGCCCUCAAAGAUUUGUUAAGUUAUACCAUGAAUUAAAGAAAGAUCCUGGACUUCACCUUACAAAACAGACAAAGCAAAUGCGAUAGUUGUUAUGGACAAGGUAGAUUAUAGUGGAAAAAUGAACAUGUUAUUAGAAGACGAGGAACUUACGUGUCUCUGAAAGCUGUACGCAACCUCGUCACCACCUGGCAGGAACACUUUAAUCCCUAAAUUAGGGAUUAAAGAGAGAGAGAAAUACAUCUCUCGGUGUAUGUAUGUAUGGUUGCAGUUUUAGGAAAACGUUUUAUUACAUGUUUUAAUAAAAGUCCAUUAUUAUUCAAAGCAUCUAUGUGGAUCUCUCAUAUAGGAUUUUCAGCAAAUUUUCUGGAGUAUACCUGGGGGUUAACGCUCCCGCGACCCGGUCCAUGACCAGGUCUCACAGUGGAUCAGGGUCUGAUCAGCCAGGCUGUUACUGCCAGCCGCACGCAAUCCAACGUACGAUCCACAGCCCCGCUGGUCAGAUACUGACUUUAGGUGCCUGUCCAUCUCCCUCUUGAAGACAGCUAGAGGUCUAUUGGUAAUCUGGAUUAUGUAUAAUGGGAGGCAGUUGAACAGUCUUUGGCCCCUGACACUUACUACAUUAAAUAAAUGAGAUAAAAAGUUUUGUCUUGAGACCACGCGGGCAGCCACUGGGCAAAACAGACAUAACUCCAAGUCAGAUUUCCACUGUCUUUACAACAGUGAAGCAGCGCUGUAUAGCCCUUGUGGCUUAGCGCUUCUUUUUGAUAAAAAUAAUAAUAAUAAUAAUAAUUUACAACAGUGAAAUGUUAACGAUUGUGAAAAGACGGGCUGCUGUGGCUCAUGUCUAGUGUAUCAUACCUGGUCCUCUCAGCCUAGCUGUCUCCAGUGUACUCGUUUAUUUGUGGUUGUAGGGGUCCUGCCUCUUCACUGACGUGAAGAGGCAGGACUAGCUUAAAUUUUGAGUGGUUUUAAAAAUAGGUUGAAUAAAUAUUUUAGUGAGCAGGGUUGGCCCUGUCAUACCUAUUCUUAAACCCGUGAAUGUAGUCUCCCAAAUCACGACUUCAUCAUCCAGGUCAUUCAGUAUCCUGACUACGCUAAGGCUUAAGAAAAGUUACAUCCCUGUAGCCCUUUUAUGAUCUUGUAGCUUCUACAAGUACUCUCGUGCACCCGUUUCCCGGGUCUCGAACAGUAUUCCUGCCCUCCAAGUACUCUUUGCGUCAUCACCAUGUUCCCACUGAUGUGUGCGUGUGUCACAAAAGAUUCAGAUUUUGCCGCCGAAGUGGCUAGUUUAUUGUGCUGGUCAUAUCCAUCCCGUGGACGGUAGCGCAAGAGCAUAUGGAUACACAAAAGGCUAAAGUACUAGGCCCCAAAAGGGUGUCCAGUACUACAUCUGAAUUUGUCUACAGUUAAUGAUCUAUUAUCUCUAAUUAUUUGUGUUGACUAAAUUAUUUGACGUAACAAAUAAUUAAGAGAAAACGACGUAAUCAGAGAGCCGUGCAUUCCGGUGAAGCUGCCCUGCCUCCCUCCCAGAGUUGUGACUUCCUGUCUCCAUGCCCUCCUUACCCAUUACAUCCUAAUAUAUUUUAAAAUUGGGCAGUGCUUUCUCUCCCACACCCACACUCACGCCUGCACUCACCCACGCCCGCAUCCACGCACACACCUGCAUCACCAUCUUGUACGUGUAUUAUAUAACUUGUGAGAAAGUUUGUGCUGUGUAAGAAAAUUGAUUAGUUUAUUAGGCUGAAAGCCUAGCGACUACGCACUGGACAUUAAGACUGCAUAUCACCUGUACACCAGUUAAGAAUACCUUAAUCCCUAAAACAGGAAUUAGGGUAAACUCCGCGUAUAUUCAUUGAGGGAGCCUGGGGAGAUUAAUAAAGGUUGACUGGUUAAUGAGGUUUAAAGCCUAUCGGCUUCACGAAUGUCAUUAAGGCUGUAUAUACACAAAUAUCCCGCACAUAGAAGAGAGGAGCUUACGACGACGUUUCGGUCCGACUAGGAUAUUUGUGUAUCGUUCCAGUCACGGUAUUGUGCCUUUUUUGUUAUUUAAGGCUGUAUAUAAUUAUUCACUGCCAGUCAAGAACACGUUAAUCCCUAAAAUACUGAUUAAGAUAAAUUCUCAGUACAUAUAUACUGAGAAACUUAUACAUCUCGGUGUAUAUACAAAGUAUAACCCGUAGUAGAGAGCUAUCCGUGCCAUGAGAAUCAUUCUUCUAUGCAAUUCACUCUCCUAAUUUGAGUUUCUCAAACCUCAGCCCGUAAGCUCCGCCACAAUAAUAAUAAUAUGUAAUAUUAAUAUUAAUGAUAGCAUUAUUAAUAAUAAUGAUAAUGAAAAUAUGAGAAAUCUGAAUAUUGAGUCCAUAUACAGUAGUUACCCUUUUCAGCAUGUUGACACGGACCUUGCAACAGUUGCAGCUUAUUCUCGUAUAUGUUGGUUUCCUUGAGUGUUUCCAAGCGUCAGUUUCUGAACGUUCCCUGUAAUUAUGUAACUUGAGGUUACAUAAACCUAUUUGAUCAGGCCUAAGUAAACUAAAAAGGCGUCUGACAGCGUCAUGUUUGAGGAAUAGUUACGUUGAAGCCUGAUUGACAAUUUUCGUCCGUGUGUGUUCGCAACGUCAUUAAGCUUUCAUGUAACUGCAUGUGUGUCUGUGUCUUAUUUUGUGGGUAUUUUAUACCAUUACCUCACCCCAUCAUGGCGUAUGGACAAGCCCAGGGAACGUUGAGAUCUGCAGGCUUGGGUGAGGAUGGCUUGCUAUACAAGGUCUGUCUAUACUGUUUACUAG